AUGGACUUUCCAGGCCAUUUCCAGCAUAUUUUUAAGCAGCUGAACCACCAGCGCCUGCAUGCUCAGCUGUGUGAUUGUUUGGUGGCAGUUGGACCCCAGAGCUUCCAGGCUCACCGCUCCAUCCUGGCAGCAUGUAGCUCCCACUUCAGGGCUCUACUGAGCUCCAGUGACAAUGGAGAUGAAGUCGAAGGUUCAGGAGGAGGUGACAAAGGUGAAGGGGUUUGUGUGUUGACGCUAGAUCCAGAGGUGGUGACCCCUGAGGCUUUCUCUACCCUGUUAGACAUGAUUUACACCUCAAACCUCUCUCUGAGGGCCUCCAAUGUUAUGGAUGUGCUUCUAGCAGCAUCACACCUGCACCUUAAUGCUGUGGUCAAGGCCUGCAAGCUCCACCUGUCCAGGAAAAACUUUCCUGCAUCCCCGCCUAAAGGAUGGAGGUCAAUGCAGCAGCAGAAUCCUGCAUAUGAAAAAGCAGAUUUGCUCAAGCCGUGCACAUCUCUCCUGGAGAAAGGUGAAGACGAGGGUGAAGCAGGAGUGGAGGUUAGUCAGUCUGGUGGGGUUGAAGACCAGAUGAUGAAGGGGGAAACCAGCGGUGAGCAGAGCACAGCAGCACUUGUGAGACACAAGAGAAAGUCCAACGAGGACUGCAUCGGUGGCAGGAAGAGGUUCUGCAGGGUACAAGAGGGGAACUACAAAGAGUGUUCACCAACAGUGACCAGAAGCACUGUCAGUACAGAGGAUGGAGGAGAGGAACUUCUGUCGCCAUCUAACAGACUCUGGGAGGGGCAAAGUGAAGAGGAGGAAGAAGUUGAGGAGAAAUAUGAAGCUACAAAGGGAGAGAUGGAGGAGAUCCAGCUGCCAAGCCAGUCAGACAGCAGCACAGGGGGCAUACGUGUAUGGGAGAGGGGCAGAGAUGGAGACACUGUACUCAAAGUAAAGGUGGGGGAUGAAGGGGAGGAAGAGGGAGACAACCCAAAGAUGCCAAAAAUUGAAGUAAAAAGAGAGAAUCUGAGCUCAUAUUCCCCAGAUUUAGAUGCAAUCACUCUCGCUUCUCCUCCUUCUCCUCUACAAGACUGCACUAAAAAUUUGAAUACACAACUAGACGAUGAGAAAAUGGACGCUGCCUGUCCAGCAGAAGUUGCUGUAAGCCCCUUGAAUUCCCAGCUGUGCACAGAUCUUCACUCUGAUCCACAGAGAGAGGCUGGAGAUCUAGGCGAGGCAUCAGUGGACAGUGAGGGACUCGACAGUCUAUCUGAACUUGCCUUUUCCUGCUUCCUUAAUCCAAGCGCUGAGAGUGUAAUGGGAAGUCUGGAAGAGGAUGACAGUUUAGCAAGCCUCACUGCUGCUGCGACCGCUGCAGCGACAGCCAGUGACACUUCUGCGGCUGCUGAAGAUACUAGCCAGCUUUGUCAAAACUCAAAAGAUGCAAACACUUCCUCUGCUCAGUCCUCUGAUUCCUCCUCCCCUUCAUUUGUUUUCCCUGUAACAUCUGUCCCCUUGCAGCAGCUUCUUCCAACUCAGGGCCCUAGUUUCAGUGACACACUCAUCCUUCAGCCCACCCAGAACUCUCUUGCAGGAUUCCUGAGUGGCAUCAGGCCAAGCCUCGGACUAGAUACCUCCCUUGUCCAACCCUCUAGGGCUGGGAAAAGCUCAGGGGCGACAACCUUCCGUCGCAUUGCCCCUAAAGUCCUGCCCGGGUCAGAAGCAGGUACAGAUAGCUCUCCCUCUGAUGAGCGACCAUCUCUAACCAGAGCUUCAGAUGAUGUUCUGUCCAAGUGCAAGAAAGCAGCAGCUGAAGACCAUGUGCUGCUAGUAGAAGGAGAGAAGAAGUAUGCCUGUAAAAUCUGCUGCAAGACCUUCAUGAACCUGACUGACUGUAAGAAGCACAUCAGAGUCCACACAGGAGAAAAACCGUAUCCCUGUCCUAAAUGUGGAAAGCGCUUCAGCCAGUCCUCCCAUCUGUACAAACACUCGAAAAACACCUGCCUAAACUGGAAGGAUGAUCAAUCAUUCACAGACACCCUGCUGUAA